CACGGGCCCCCAAGCUUUGGUGUCUGGCCACGCCCCCGCGGUUGGAGGUCUGCCUGCGCGGGUGGCCGCCAGUGGCCUAACGCUGGCGGGUCUUCGAUUGGUCCGGCUUUGCUCUCGCCGCGCCCCCUCUGCGCUCGGAUUGGCUCAGUGCUGGGGGCCCGCCCACUCGCCACCCGCCAUGGCGUCUCAGCUCCGGCUUCGCUUCGCGCUGGCUCUGGUCACAGGUGCUGGUAGUGGCAUCGGCCGAGCAGUGGGUGUGCGCCUGGCCGCUGAGGGGGCCACUGUGGCCGCUUGCGACCUGGACGGGGAAGCGGCACGGGAGACGGUGCGGCUGCUGGGAGGGCCGGGGAGCCACGAGGGGGCACCCCGCGGGGCCCACGCAGCCUUCCAGGCUGACGUGUCCGAGGCCGGGGCCGUCAGGCGCCUGCUGGAUCAAGUGCAGGCCUGCUUUUCUCGCCCGCCAUCUGUCGUUGUGUCCUGUGCGGGCAUCACCAGGGAUGAGUUUCUGCUCCACAUGUCUGAGGAUGACUGGGACAAAGUCAUAGCUGUCAACCUCAAGGGCAUCUUUCUAGUCACUCAGGCUGCAGCCCAAGCCCUGGUGUCCAGUGGCUGUCCUGGCUCCAUCAUCAACAUCAGUAGCAUCGUAGGGAAGGUGGGGAACGUGGGACAGACAAACUACGCAGCAUCCAAGGCUGGAGUGGUUGGGCUGACCCAGACUGCAGCCCGGGAGCUUGGACGACAUGGGAUCCGCUGUAACUCUGUCCUCCCAGGGUUCAUUAAAACACCCAUGACACAGAAAGUGCCACAGAAAGUACUGGACAAGGUGACUGGAAUGAUCCCAGUGGGACAUAUGGGGGACCCUGAGGAUGUGGCAGAUGUGGUCGCGUUCUUGGCAUCUGAAGACAGUGGAUACAUCACAGGGGCGUCAGUGGAAGUCACUGGAGGUCUUUUCAUGUAACUGCCUCAAGGACCCCGGACUCUGCUCACUAUCCCACCACUCUGCUGGGCCUCCUGCUGAUGAGGACUCAGAGUUCCCAGGCUACAAAAGGGGUGGCAGUGUAUGGCUCAGGAAUGCUGAAUAUGGGAGGCAGGGGUGCUUGUGACCCUAAUAAAUUCCAAAUCCUCUUCCCUGCCA